AUGAGUGAGGCAAAUAAUCAUACACAACUUCAGAAGCUUUUCUAUUUUAUCCAUAUUCACGAAUUAAAUGAUUUUAUCACAUUCUACGAGCAAUGCUCCUCUGCUUUGAAGCCAUUCGAACAUGCGGAAAUUCUUUUUCGUGCCUGUCGGUUUGAUUCAUUGAACUUUGUACGCGCAAUUUUGAAGGAUAAUAAAAGGAUUGCCAUCAAUGUUCGUCACCCAUCGACAGGUUAUUCACCGCUUUUUAUUGCUAUUCGGGCACAACAGCACGAAAUUAUUGAUUAUCUCGAUCAAGAAAAACGAGCCGAUGUAAAUGGAAAUUCAAAUAUAAGUAUUCAUUGUGAAUCGAUGACCAGCUGUGCACAUGAAGCGUUACGUCAACACGACCAAUUAACGCUAUGUCUGUUACUAGAACAUGAAGCUUUGAUCGAUCAAUCUCACAUAUUUCUGGCUAUUAUCGAAUGCUUUCGAUUACUGCAGAAGAAGGCUUUGCCUCUCAACUUGCUUGAUAUUCUCAUUACACAUCGACCUAAACUAUUGGAUGAAAUCGAACGAUCGAAAUUGACCAGUUUCAUCGUUCGGCGAAUGCAGUACUCAUCGGAAGCUGCUUAUUCGAUGUCUGUUGUGGCUCUUCUUAACAAAUUGAUUAACGUUGAUGAUCUCCGAAGUUUAUCUCGGCCCUAUUUGGAUCCAACACCAACAGAAUCGCGUAGUCACUAUACUAAAGUAGCCAUCAUCGGUGCUGGACCAGCUGGCUUGAUGCUUGCCGCACUUCUAGCUCGUUCGGGCAUCGAUUCAGUUGUCUUAGAACGUCAUUCACGCUCUUAUGUUGAAAAUAAUAUUCGUGCUGGUGUAUUGGAACAAUCAACAGUGGAUUUACUUGAUGAAAUCAAUGUUUCUGAACGUCUCUUUAAAGAAGGAAUCGUUCAACGUCGAGUAAACUUCCAAUUUGAUGGUGAAAAUACUGCUAUACCUAUUACAGAAAUUACUCAAGGAAAAUCACUUGUUAUUUAUGGUCAACAAUAUGUUUUACAUGACUUGAUUGAAAAACUUAUUCAGGAUAACCAACAAUUGUGGUUCAAUAUUGAUUCUGUCAAGAUCGACCGACAUGAUAAGAUUGGUGAUAACCAUCCUCCAAUGAUUCGCUUUCGACGUCAUGAUCAAAAUGAUGAGGAAGAAUUACAUUGUGAUUUUAUUGCUGGAUGUGAUGGUGCAACCAGUCCAUGUUGUCGUCAAUCAAUUCCAUCUGAACUACUUCAAACUAUUCACCAUCUGUAUCCAUUUUCAUGGUUAAGUAUUCUUGCAGACACUCCACCGAGUGGUACCGAGCUGAUCUAUGCACAUCAUUCUAAAUAUGGCUUUGCCUUACAUAGUCUUCGUUCUCUUACACGUAUUCGUUUUCAUUUACAAAUUUCACCUACGGACACAUUAGCCGAUUGGCCGGAUGAUAGAAUAUGGACUGAAUUAAACGAACGUGUGAAACCAAUCAAUGGGCAGACAUCAAUAACAAAAGGCGAAAUUUUGGAACGAGCUAUUUUCCCAUUACGCAGUUCAAUCACGUUACCCAUGCAGUACAAGCGUCUAUUCUUGGUUGGUGACGCAGCACAUAUUGUGCCACCAACAGGUGCCAAAGGACUCAAUUUAGCUGUAAAAUAUGCACGUGUUCUAGCUGAAGCUUUAGUGAACUUCUACGAUAAUGAAAAGUGGGAUAAACUUAAUGACUACACUCAAACAUGUUUGUCACAUAUCGUAAAAAAUCAAGAGUUUGCCAAUUGGAUGACACUUGUUAUGCACAAGCUUGAUCUGUCGGAAAAAAGUAACCGGCAAAACGCAGACCUAAUCGAUCAAUAUACACAGCAGGAGCUACAAGAAAACAUAAAACAUUCAUCUAUUUUUCAAUGUUUCAUUGCUGAAAUGUAUACUCUUUGA